AUGUCAGGAGUGCGCGAGGAGUGGUGUUCCGGUUGGGGUAGAUGGCAGGCGCGGCUGGCGUUGUUACUGGCGCUGCCGGUGCUGUUGACGGGAGCAUACGGGACCAACUACGUGUUCCUCGCGGCGCCCACGCCGCACAGAUGUCACGUGCCAGAAUGCGAGGAGAAUUCCACCAUUGGUGUGGCGUCACCUGACCAGUGGACUCCAGAGUGGUCGCAGUGGGCGAUUCCCGAUGGUGCUCAAUGCGAGCGAAGAGUAUCGAUAUACAGCGCUUGCGCACAUCGCGACCACUUCGACAACACAACUGUCGCGUGCGAAAACUAUGUGUAUGAACAUGGAAGCAGUAUCGUUGCUGAGUUUGACCUGGCGUGCGCGGACUGGAUGCAGCGUCUCGUGGGGACCGUCCAUAACGUGGGCAUGCUCAUCUCACUGCCAAUCAUGGGCUUUGUUUCUGACAGAUAUGGUCGCCGCGGGGCUUUGGUGAUAAGUGGCUUUGGUGCAGGCGUGGUGGGACUAAUCAAGUCCUUCGUGCCUUCCUACUACACGUACCUGGUAGCAGAGCUGUUUGAGACUAUACUGGGCGCCAGCGUCUACCCCUGCGCAUUCGUGCUCAUGAUUGAAUGGCUCGGUGUGGAACAUCGCAUCCUUGCCAGCUUGGUACUUGGUAUCCCACUCUCAUUGGGAGCUGCUUCUCUUUCUCUAUUGGAUUACGCGACGGGAUAUUGGAGAACUUGGGCUAGGUGGGCGUACCCGCCUUCUCUAUUACUCCUACUAUACCCCUGGCUUCUGCCUGAGAGCGUCCGAUGGCUGGUAUCAAGAGGAAGAUUGGAUGAAGCGAUAGCAAUUAUAAAGAAAGCGGCCAAAUGUAACCGAAUCAAUUUGCCAAGUGAUGCGCUGGAGAAGAUUAUGUUAGAAAAAGAGCAGAUGGCAGAAAAAGGAGUGGCUGAUAUAGACGAAGGACUGUUCAGGGCGUUAUUAAAGUACUCAGCACUACGACGACGGUUAUGUGUGUGUUUUGUUUGGUGGAUGUCAGCGGUGUUUGUAUUCUACGGGCUGGCCGUGGCAGCACACUCCUUAGCAGGAUCGCGGCACGCUAACUAUGCGCUGGUGGCCGCAGCCGAGCUUCCUGCGUUGUUGGCUAACACUUUGCUGCUGGAUCGCAUCGGCCGUCGUCCUCUCUUUACUGCUGCGCUGCUGUUGACCGCCUCUGCGCUCAUUGGCAUCUCUUGUCUACCGCAAUCUAGCGGCAACUGGAGCAUAGCGCUGUUUCUGAUUGGAAAGAUGGGAGCUACUAUGACUUUGAACGCACUGUACGUGUAUACCGCGGAGUUGUUUCCUACCAGAGCGAGACAGAGGCUGCUGGCAGCCUGCUCCACCUUAGGACGUAUAGGAGCUAUCAUUUCACCCCUCACGCCUGCACUGGCGACGUACAAGUGGUGGCUUCCUACAGCCUUAUUCGGAACCCUGCCGCUAGUAAGUGCUGUUCUCACAAGGCUGGUUCCUGACACUCUACACAGAAGGCUACCUGACUCAUUCGCAGACCUGGACACCUCUUCUGACGUCGUUCAAGACUCCGUAUGA